AUGUCCUCAUCAAGCUCCAGCUCCUCCUCCUCUUCCUCCUCAUCUCCACCCCCAGAAACCCACGAGAUGGACUACAUCGUCAUCCCCAUCCCAGGAGGACAUGGCUCCUUCCCUUCGACCAGCCCACGAGUCGUCGCAACACAAACGCUCAGUCCAGCUGCCUCUGCAGCCCAUGCCAACUCUAUACACCUCAAGCAAGCCAGUAUGGAUGAGCACCUUCUCAGAACCAACGAGGCCAUCGUCCGCAACCAGCACUGGAUCCUGUUCGGCCAGAUCGGCAUCAUGAUUCUGAUUAUCGUGGCUACGCUGCUCGUUGCGCAGCAGUUGGAGGGGUUGGCGUGCAAGCCUUGA